UACGUCACUUCCUGUCUGACCGCAACUGGGAUUAAAACAUGUCGGAUGACGUUAUAAAGAAACCGAGCGGCUCAGAGAGACCCAGACGCCACUGCUGCCACCUGUGCCACAAAGGGUUCAUCACGACGCAUCACCUGAAGGAGCACAUGACCGUGCACAGCGGAGAGAGACCGUACCGCUGCAGCCUCUGCAGAAAAGACUUCACGCAGAUCAGCAGCCUGCGGAUGCACUGCCGCAUUCACACUGGGGACAAACCAUACAGCUGCGACAUGUGCAAGAAAAGCUUCACUCAGGCGGGCACCCUGAAGGUCCACCGGCGCCGGCACACGGGAGAGAAACCGUACAGCUGCAAGUUCUGUGAGAAAAGCUUUGCUGAUUCCUACGCGUGGCAACAGCACACGCUUCUCCACCUUGACCACAAGUCCUUCCAUUGUCAGCGCUGCCCCAAGCGUUUCCUGGCACGUGCCAGCCUGGAGAGACAUGAGCGCACCCACAUUGGAGACUGCCUUUACUCCUGCACCCUGUGUGGGCGGGGCUUUAACCACUAUUCAUCCUUCAUCAUGCAUAAACGCAUCCACACGGGGGAGAAACCGUACCACUGCCAGUUCUGCAGGAAAACCUUUGCUUCGUCGACCAACCACACGGAGCACGAGCGCGUCCACACCAGAGAGAAACCGUAUUCCUGCGAUGACUGCGGGAAGCGCUUCGCACACGUAACCACGUGUGUGCUGCACAAGCGCAUCCACAGCGGCCACAGACCAUACAAAUGUCAGCAAUGCAGCAAGAGUUUUGUUUCAUCCUCCAACCUGGUGAGACACAUGCGAGUUCACACCGGAGAGAAACCAUACUGGUGUGACCGCUGCAAGAAGAACUUCAGAUUUUCACAUAACCUGAGGAGACACCGCUGCACCCAGACUGCUGCAGAGCAGAGUUCAGACGCGUGUGCAGAGGAAGGAUAUUUAGUCAAGUCAGAGUCACACGAAGAGAGUUUGCAGGAAUCAAAACGCAGCUCCAUCCUAUGACCGCAGUGGCAGGGGGUGUGGCAAAGGCCUCAGGUAUUAACCCUGUCAUUUUAGUUGUUUGGUUGGAUUUCAUGAGUCCCAAGGUUUUAUUUUGAAGGAGGACUUGCCGUACCUCAGACAUUUUCGAGGCUUUGACACACGUAUUCUGUACGAAGGUCGGUUUUAAAUAUUCACUGUUUUAAAAAACAUCACAACAAUAGUGACAACAUGUGGCAUGCAGCAGCAUUAAAAUGAAUCGACAUCAUGUGGCAUGGGGCGGGACUUACCGUACUUGAUGCAAGGUUCUUUUUUUUUUUUUUAUAGUUUGGAGAGUCCUUUAAAUUGUAUAUGAAAAAUACACACACUGAACAAAAGAAACUCCAAUAAUAAAAGUGCACAACAACGGUACACAAAAAUCCCAAAUUAAGCAGCUCAUAAAAAAAAUCAGGUGGACUCACAUUUUUAUUGUGUGUCAGCAGUCUGUUCAUCUGUGUCACAUAACAUCCAGCAUGUUGUCCACUGUACAUUUAUUUCUGUAGGUUGAUAAUUUUUGUAACUUUAAGUCUUUAUGUUAAGUAUGCACAUGUGCUGAACUGAGUCCUGUUUGUUGUUAAACUCGUGUUAAAGCAAGUUCUGCAUAUUUAAAGAUGUAUUAUACUCCACUGUACUUAAACUCCUGAAAAUACGGUAAUCUGAUGGUGUGACAUGAUUUUGUUCAGAAAAAUGACAGUUGUCAUAGAAACAAAAGGUGCUGCUGGCCACCACCCCUGCUUAACUGUCAUUUCAAUAAACUUUAUAUUUACGCUCAGUAUUUUUGUUUUUGUUCCUUCCAAACACUUUUUAAUGUGAAAGUUGUUUUGAGUGGGUGUGAAAAAUGUCCAGUUUAAAAAGAUUCUUUGUC